AUGCCGCGCGCUCGACCGUCGACCGCCCGAGCCGAGGUCCCGGUGGACGCCCGCGUCGCGCUCGAGCGCUUCGCCGAGUCCGCGGAGGAGAUCGAGCGCGCGCUCGCGCCGUUGCUCGAGGCGGAAGCGAGCGCGGUGCGGCGGCGGCUGCGUCCGCUCGAGCGCGCGGAGACGCACCUGUCGAUCGCGCGCGCGAUCGCGACGCUGUUCGAGAUGUACCUGCGAACGCUGGGCGUUGAUCCCUCGAAACACGCGGUGCGGAAGGAGCUGGAGCGGGUGGAGACGUACGAGGGGAAGAUCGAGGAGACGCGGCGACGCGUGGGCGACGGGAGCAGAGGGGCGAGCGCGGGUGAGCGGAACGCGGCGCCGAGCGUGGAAGACGCGGCGAAAGCGAUGGAGAGAGGCGAGGGCGAACCUGGAGAUUUAUUGAGGGCGGCGCUGGCGGAGAAGAAGGGGGACGAUGGCGAUGGCGACGACGCGGGCGGCGGGAAACGCGCCGCGCGCGGAGCCGCGGCGAAGACGUCGGCCAAGCGAAAGAAGUGA